GUGAUGUUAUUUUGUAUUUCUGUUAAUUCUGUUCCCGUGGAAUCUCCGCACACAACGUGCGUAAUUUUCAUUUCUAGAAAAAAUGUCAAUAUACGUCGUUUGACAUGUUUGUUCAAGAAUGUAUUUAGACAGCAAGCCUUGCCAACGUCAGAAGAAACAAAAGAAGAUUAUUACUGUUGGUUUGUUGACGAACGCACCGGGAAAAAAGAAAGUAGCAAAAGUUGGUUUCAAAAACCAACAAAUUUACACACCUUCAUAAAAAUGUAUUUUUACACAUAUUUGUACAUCACACCUAUGCGAUUUUCAUAUUCUUUGGGUUUGGUUUGAACAACUCCGACACUGAAGUUUAAACAGUGCGAAUGGUGCGAAUUCGCGUUGACGUUCAUAUUUUGUUUGGAAAGAAGGAAAGAAAAAAUUUUGGCUUUUGUAAUCACGUCUAUUUUGAUAGGUCACAACGAAUGGAUAGAGAAUAAAAAUAAAUUUCAACAGUUCGUGCAGUCCAGAGAAUAGUAGGAUUGUACAGUUUUUCCAAACAAGCGAGUUAUAUUAGCAAACACAUUGAACUAAUUCGUACCACCGCGAAUUGCUUCUAGAGAUGUCUCAGUCGAACGUCUACGCAAUAGACGGGACGACUACCGAACUUCAUCAUGCUAUCCGAAACAAUAAUCAAGAUCACAUCGACAAUCUAUUGAAAACAUAUCAAGCUGAUUUUGAAAAAUUUCGAAACUAUUUAGUGACAAAGUAUAGCUGGAAAGAGGAUGAUAAGGUAUGGCUUAAGAAAACUAUCUUGGUUGCUGUAAGUGAAGUUCAAUGCCUUGCGGUGAAACAACUGGAAAAUUGUCAUCUCACGAAUGGCCAAAUACGAAAAGCCGUGUUUGUAUUACUUCAAGUUUCAAUCGAGGGCGAGGAAGUUGCAGUGAUUUUUCCAGAAGACAACAAAUUGGCUGUCCUAAGUUUGAUUGGCCAAUUAAUCCCAAACGGCUUUUUGUCGUGGAACUGUUGCAGCAUCUAUUGGCAUACAAACUUUAUUGAAGAAGCUGUAGCAUGUGGGAAUAUUGAUCUGAUCGAACGCUUACAUAAUCUUGGCGCGGAAAUAGAUUUUCCUCUUCACAAUGCAUUGUUAGCAGCUUGCAACCAUGCCCAAAAGAAUUCCAUUUGCUGGUUGUUGACCAAUCACGCCGAUCAUCUUUUGAAGGAUAUCGAAACCAACAGAGCACUUCGUAUAUUAAUGAGACUAAAAAAAGUUGAAAUGUUCGAAUUUGUAUUAGAUAAAAUGGUUGUUUUUCGACAAAAACAAUGCACAGAAUCCAAAACAGAUGCUUUCACAAACAUUUUCCUGCGCGACUUUGUCUCAGGUUCGGCAAUAUUGAAACAUCUUAGGAAAGGUUCCAUUCGAGACGCGAUCGAAAAAUGCAUUGCGAAGUAUAAACUAGACCUUUUCAGACAGUAUAACGGAAUGCCAAUAAUAGUAUACUUAUUGAGCCGUGCUUUAGCGUUGAACUAUUGCUUCGCUGAAAUUCGCAACAAUUCGAGUUGUUUGAGUAUACAAUUUUCAGAAACCGUCUUAUUGCAUUAUAUGAUUGGACGGGGAUAUGUUGAAUUUCUAGAGAAAUUGUAUGUCACAGCUCCUGACGUUAAAUUGAAUUUUGAAACGGAUUUUGGAUUUCAACAGCUUCGAGAUGAAAUUAAUGAAGCAAACAGUACCAACAUUCAAUUUAUAUUGAAACACCAUGGAGAAUUUCUCAGGAGCGAUACAGAAAAAUUUCAGAGGGAAAUCGUUUUGCAUCGAUAUGAUUAUCCACAGUUUAUCAAAAAUAUCGACACUAUCUGUGAGUUAAUUCCUGAGUUUCGAGAAAAUUAUCAGAAUAUAACGGGUACAGAAGAGAAAUUGAAUAUAAGGAGCUCACCAAACACGCCCAGCGACGCUGAGGCAUAUCCUCUACAUAAAGCUGUUAAGGCAGGCAACUGUGAGUUGGCCACUGAGUUGCUGGACAACGGAUGGGAUAUUAAUACAGAAGACAAUGAGGGAAACAGACCAAUUCAUUUUGUGCGAAACAUUGACAUGUUGGAGAUGCUUUUGAAACAUCACACCGAUGUAAGAGCGGCACUGAAUCAAACUAAUCACAUCGGUUAUACGGCUCUGCAGAGUGUAUGCUGUGCUAACCUAGAAUCAUCAAAACUGCAAUUAUUGGAAAAGAUCAUAGCUCAUGGUGCUAGCGUAAAUCAUUUGGUGAAAAAUGGCGAAUCUGUAAUAUUCAUGAUCGAAAACAGUGAAAUGCUUAAUUUCUUUUUAAAAUAUAACGCCAACAUAGAAAUAGUCAACAACAAAGGCGAGACUGCAGUACUGAGACAUUUGUUCAAUCGAAACGCAGACGUGGCUACUGCACUUCUACUACUAACGCAUAAAUUAUCAUCCUUCAGAACACAUGCCUACAAGUAUUUAGACCCAAUUGUUUGCAAUGAUCAUAGGUUUUUCAGUGCUAAAUAUCAACCAUUCUUAACUGAGCAUCCAGAAAUUUUAAAAGCAUUGCUCGAUGCUGUUUACAAACACUCACGCGAGGAAGCUUCAAGGGUAUUUGCUGUAUCUUGUUUUAGUUCUACCCAUUUUAUCGUGGAAAAGUUCUUGGAUUUCGACUACGACCUAGACUAUAACUGUAGAAGCCGUUUUGGUCCUCCACUAAUUGGAUUACUAAGUUCCUUACACAAACGAAUAGAUCACCUUGUUCAACGUUUGCUGCAAAAAGGAGCAAAUGUAGAACUUUGCUAUCAGCGAGGGCGUAAUGCAUUACUAACGGCUGUUUUGUAUUUUGAUCAGUUGAAGCAAUUUAGCCAUGGUUUGGAAGUGAUACAGAUGUUACUGGAUAAUGGGGCGCACGUAGACGCUAGAGAUAACAAUGGAGACACGGCACUGCAUUUGGCCUUUGUAAGAAAUGAGAUCGAGCUCGUUGAGCUUUUGGUGCGAAACGGUGCCAAUGUGAAUAUUCGAAACAAUGAGGGAAAAAUACCUUGUGAGUUGGGGUCACACCAAUUUCGAGAGUUGAUGAAUUUUAUAAGCUGACCAACCGUCCGUAUGAGAAGGUCCAGCCCUGUAUCAGAAGAUGACAAAUUACUAGAGCCAAGAAAGUGAUAACUGUGAUGUUUGCGCAUAUUCGAUAGAAAUAAGUAUAACGUUUGCAUUUACUUGUAUUCCAUUUAUUUGUAAAUACAUCAAUCGCCUG